AGACGCGUCGUCAGUGUUGAAAGGGGUAGCAGAGGCGUGCGAAUACGUGAGGAAGAAUACGUUUUCUUAACCAGUUUGGUGUAUUCGUUCGAAGCAAAGAGAUAGAGAGAGACACAGCGAUAAUAUUGAUACAUACAUAUACAUAAAACGCGAGCGCUUUUCGAGUGCUCGGCUGUUACGUUCCGUAAGCUUCUUUAGCUGUCGUUUUGUAUCGAUUUUAAUUCUCUCUCGGUUAAUUGCGUGAUUGUGCCGAGGGAAAUAACUGCUGGCAACGAGCGUGCGUGAUAACACCUGUGCGCGCGCUAAUCGACGAUCGAUCGGUCGAUCCUCGUGGUCGAGUAGCUUAACGUAGGUUGGGAAAAGUCCAAAAUGGAUUAUUCCUACUUCAAGACGGAAGUGUCCAAGCGCAGGCGACCUGCCACGACACGGGAGUUGACGAAAUUAGCGUAUUCUUCGCCGAAAAACACCGUCUCCCUGGCGGAAGGGAUGCCCAACGAAAAAACGUUUCCGUUCACAGAAAUCUCGAUUAAACUCUAUGACGGCACGUCCUUUACCCUCAACGAGAAAGAAUUAGCCACCGCUCUCCAGUAUUUACCGACGCAGGGCUACCCUCCCCUUGUGCAGACCCUCCGGGAAUUCCAGAGAAGGGCACACGCGCCACCCUUAUGGGAGAGCCGCGACAUAGUCGUCGUUUCGGGGGCUCAGGACGGUCUCAGCAAGGUUCUGGAGGCCGUAAUCGGCACUGGUGAUCCAAUUUUGGUGCCCGACCCCUUCUACCCCGGCGUCGAAGUUGUGGUUGCGCCUCAUCAAGCGGAGAUCAUAGCAAUCCCUGAAGACGACGAUGGUCCUAUCCCGGAAAUACUUAGGGAGACCCUGAGGAACCGAAAGCUGUCCGGCGAGAAAAUGCCGAAGAUAAUGUACAUAAAUCCCACGGGCUCGAACCCGACUGGCAUCAUUAUACCUUUGGAGAGACGAAAGGAGAUCUACAGUUUAGCCUGCGAAUACAACUUCUUGAUUCUCGACGACGAUCCUUAUUACUUCAUGCAUUUCGAUAAGGAAGAGACCCGGUCCUUUUUGUCGCUCGACACGGAAGGUCGGGUGAUCAGGUUGGACUCGUUCUCGAAGGUGAUCAGCAGUGGCAUCCGCGUGGGCUUCAUGACCGCCGCGGCUCCGCUGGUAGCCAGCGUGGAGGUUCACAUACAAAGCAGUCACCUCCAUACGCCUACCUUAUCGCAGGUGAUACUGUACAAGCUGUUAAAGAUGUGGGGUUACGAUGGCAUGAUGGGACAUUACAUGAGAAUCAGGUGCUUCUACAAGGAGCGAAGGGAUGUUCUCGCGGCAUUGGCGCGCAAACAUUUGAACGGUCUGGUGGACUUCAACUUACCAAAAGGCGGUUUCUUUCUAUGGAUUAAAGUGCGCGGUAUCAAGGACACGUGGAAGAUGAUGAUGCAACGCGGUGUCAAAGAGGGUGUUAUUAUGGCACCGGGGGCCGCGUUCAUGAAGGAUCCUACGAAACCCUGCAACGCCAUCAGGGCGAGUUUCGCCAAAGUUUCUUAUGAAGAAAUGGAUCUGGCGAUGGAGCGAUUGGCGCAAUUGAUCAGAGCAGAGUUAACCGAGAAUUAUACGAUCGUGAACGUGGACACGCGAUAACGCAGUUAUCGUCCUACAGGAUGCAGUCGAUGCACGACUGCGCAGGAUGCAAUCGAUAUCGAGAGAAGGACAAAGUUCAGUCGGUACUAAAUAAGGGUGGAGGGAUGAAAAGCUAUUACUACUAGGAUAAAUUGCAUGAAAUGACAAGAAGAAGAAUGUACCAGAUGUCGAUAGAAUCACGUGAACUGUAUAAGAUGAAAUAAAAUAUGUACAAUAUGGUGCAGAGAAAAAUUUGAUUGUAUUAACGUGAAGUUGUAAUGAACGAACUGAUGCAUUUGGCUGAAGAACUUAUGAAGUUUAGAAUUUGAAUUUUAAAAACCAUAAAUUAUAGUCUGAGAUGUCCUUUAACCAAAACGCAUUGGUUCGUUCGUUAAAACCAAAUUUCACGGUAACACAAUUAAUUUUUUUUCUUCGUGUGCUUUUGGAUAAGUGAUGAGCGAUGUUGAGGAGAAGAAUCGACGUCCAAAUAAUUGUUUCUGUAAACAUCGGACAUUGGACGAAUAAGCUUUAAUGGUCGUUUUAUAAUAAUUAAUAUCUAAUAAAUUAUUGAUAAUCAUAUAUCGUUUACUAAUAGAACCGCACGAUAAAGAACGGACGCGGCACAAUCGAUUCAUCUCCCGUUAGAUAUUUAUCAUAUUAAGAAAAAAAUAUUUGAAAAUUUAUUUGUAGGAUAUAUAAUAAAGCUUAUAUAAUAAAGCACAGAGGAAUAAAUCUUAUAUUUCACAAAUAUUUUUUAAAUAUUUUUCUUAAUGUAAUUUAAGCGUCGUUAUUUUUCAUUGUACCGUUUAUUACGCAUAUACUUGGUUCGAAUCGCUUACGAAGCUUGUUCGAAUUUACUCUCUCUCUCUCACACUCUCUCUCUCUCUCUCUCUCUCUCUCUCAUAUAAUUCAACAGACUUUCAUUUCUCAGUAAGAUAAAUGUACCAAUGCCCGGACAUGUACCUAUCUCCGGACAUUGUUAUUAUUUUUAUAUUUGAAUAUGAAUAUUUCAACUUUCAACGUACAAUACAUAUAUAUUGAUAUACAUACAUUUAAUAUUUAUAUUUAAUGUACGUUGAAAGAUGAAAUAUUUAGAGAAAUAUUCAAAAUAAUAAGAAUGUCCGGAAUUAGGUACAUAUCCGGGCAUUGAUACAUUUACCUUAGUAGCAGAGAGAAGUAUGAGAACGGCCACCAGCCUGAUUUCAAUGGCCAGAGCUAGGCGCUAAAGUCACUAUAUAUAAAGUACCGCAAUCCGUGGUUACGACGUUGGAAUAAAAAUGGCGUCAGACAUGUACUUAGUGUAAACGUAUAACUUAUCUACACAUUAAGUGCAAUUCUAUUAAGUAGCUGUUAGGUUAGAUAUUAAAACCAAGUAUGUUGACGAAGUAUGUGUAUGAAAAAGGAUACGUAUGUUAUUAUACACAACUACGGAAGUAUAAGGACAACUAUUGCUUUUUCCAACCACCGAUGUAUUUAAUAUAAUGUAUAAGUGCGAAUUAUCAUUUCGACAAAAUGAAGGAAAUCUACUAUCAAAUGCGUUGACGGUUACCGAAUUUGUUGACGUAUUUUUAGACAGUUAUCCAACGUUAUUUUGUUAUGCCAUAUUCUAAUGCGCAAAUUGAUAAAACUUGUUGUUAUAGCACGAAUUCAUUUUUCGUAAAAAAAAACACUAUAUUAACGAGGCAAAUGCAAAUAACAGUCGCAGUGUCGCUAUGGAAUUGUGUUACAAAUGUUAAAUGUUAUAUAAAUAAAAAAAGAGUGAUAAACGUUAUUUAUUGUUUUCCUCUACUUUACGCAAUAUAUUCAUACAAAUUUAGACAUUUUGAAUCAACCGCGUGUGGUUGGAAUAAACAUGGCGGAUGAUUGCGGUCAUAUAUGUAAUACUACUAUAUGGACAGCGGAGAAAUUUUCCUAUAAGCGAGAGUGAAACAAAUGAAAUUGAAGGAUAAAAG